AUGGAGCGGCUGGAAGCCGGGUUGGACAGAGGCUGGAUACCCUGCGAGCUGCGAGAGCUCAUUGAGGAAGAUCUAGAUUUUGAUUACCAAAGGAUCGAGCGUCAUGCCUGGGACCAGAGCACACCGCAGAUCCCUUUGGACCCGUUCACCGACGGUGGGGUGCGUACCGGAUUAGCGUACAUGUUGAGGAAGGUGAAGCAGAUCUGGCUGAAUGCGCGAGUGUGCAGUCGAAAGGCCGCGAUAAGAACGCGUAGUGCAUGGAGACAGUCGCAAGCUAUCGCUGCUCAAUUCCUCUCCUCCGUGCCCGAUGCCUCUAGCAAAGCUCUCAUCCUCGACCGCAAAGCUGACUUCACACUCUCUUUCUCUCAUAUGCCAGCACCUGGGUUUGAAGAUCUUUACAGCCGGCUCAGAGCUGCGGACAGUCCCGUCGUAAGUCACAUGGUCGACGCUUUCACGAAGACAACUGCCCUCUUCUCCUGCGUGGAGGUCAAGUCCGCUAGUGGCGAUCACACCGAAGCCGAAUACCAACUCAGCAUAUGGAUGGCAGCCAGCUUGCGAAAAAAGAUACAGCUUGCGCGGCGCGCGGGAGUGAUGGAUAAGAGCGGGCCCGUGGAGCCCUGCUUUGCGAUCGUUGGUCAUAAGACACACGUUUACUUUGCGUACAUGGCAUCAGAGGGGAAGGACGCGGUGCAUAUUGUGGGACCUGAAGAUGGAUCCUUCAGUCUAUGUGAGACGACGAGUGUGAGUGGUAUAUUCCGGGCAUUGAGGCUUUGGCGAAACGUGUUUGCAUACGGGAUGGACAAGGAAAAGCAUGGUGCUCUUCUUGCCUCUGCGGCAGGGCCUUCAGUCGAUGCCGUAUAUGCCCUUGCUUCGUAG